UCGUUGCGCUUCCUCUAUACUACUACUCUCAACCCUCUCUCAGUCUACCUUGUCUAUCUCUCUCUCUUGCGCAAAACCUCGGCAGCCGACCGAACUUGCAAGUGAAGAUUUCGUUUAGUUUUACAAGUGGAGGUUUCGUUUAGUUAAGCAACUACAGCUUAAUCAGAGAAUACCUAAUCGAAUAGAGGAGAUUUUUAUAAGACACAAGGCCGGACACUGGACAAUCAUGUACUGACCGUGGCCGGGAGAUAUUGACUCGUUCCAAGAAAUCCUUCCCGAACUGAAUAUUCAGUAUCGCAGACAACACUCAAGGACAGACUAUAGAACCAACCAACGAAUCGGGCAGACUGCCAGCCAAACAACCAAGCAGCGCCUCCUACUGGCGACAAAAGCAGUAUGAAUUUAUCUAUUAACAAACUUUGUCUUCCGCUGUCACGUGAAACAAAUAAACAGUAAACCGAUAAAGGGACAUCGUCACUCAGUGGAAAUCAACGAGUAACAAUACACCAGGAGGGAACUUCCUAGAGGAAACUCACUAGGGAGACUCACCAGCAGCCACUAAAUUGUUACAUCUAAACCUAAGUAAAACAACAAGCAGCAUGUAACAAAUAAACAUGUAUCAACCAAUCAUUGGCAACUAACUUGAAACAAACACUCUGUGGUGAUCAUCUGACAGCAGCUAACUUAUGGCAAUCAAUAAAUAGCAAUCAGAGAUAGCAGAUCACCAAGCAAUAUUUGUCUGUGAAUGUCUAUUGUCAGCCAUUCUGUGACAGCUUCUGUUCUUGCUAAAAUAAAGUCAAACAUUUAUCAGCAGUUCUAAAAUUGUAUAAAAAUUAUCUCAACGUCCCUCCACAUUUCAGUAAAUACCGAAUCAGUUUCAACCAUCCAACCAAUAUCAGUCAUCAACCAGCGACAGCCAUCCAAUCAGUAUCAACCAUCCAAACAUUUUUAAGCUAUCCAAUCGACUAAAACUGUCCAUAAAAGGAACUUUGGGAAACAUCUAACCACUGACCAGUAUUUGUCAUCAAGUGGUAUCAACCAUCGAAUAAUCAUAAAUUAUCAACUGACCAGACGUUAGCAUAACUGACUGUAACUCAUACAAUUGUGUUUCUUAACGGUCUGUCUCACUGAUAACCAACCGUCCAUAAAUCAGCAGUAACCAGUCAACCAACGAGCAGUAAAGAAAUUCCGAAACAACAAAUCAUCCAGCAUUGCCCAUCCAUUCAUCCAUCUACUGGUUACUGCUCAUCUAUCGAUUCAUUAAUCAUCCACGUUCCAUCUACCAGCAACCUCUUCAAGGUUCAUCAUUCUUUCGACCAGAAGUACCAAACAGUGGUAUUUUAACCAAUCAAAUCACUUAACUAUCUUUUGUAUCUGUUAAUCACCAGUUAGCAGCUGCGAUUUUGAAUAUUCUGCUAUAAUCCAACCAGCAAAUUUAAGCAAUUGGCCAAUAGCAAGUUAUCAUCCAACCAUCAAGAAACCAUAACUCCAGCAGCUCUUUUAUCCAUCCGAACCAGCAACCGCUACAAUCUAACCAACGGCAAUACCAAUCGGUAGCAUUGUCACCAACCGUCAGCAGUGCUACCACUAAACCAUCAGUAUACAACCAGCCACCCAAUUAACUUGUUAAUCGGCAACUACCCACCGACAUCAUGGACCAAUUGCAGCAAGGAAUUCUUGAGAGUCCAAAGCGCUUACAUAAAGCCGUCCGAACCUUAAUCAAUAUCAUAAAGUCGUGGUUCGGUCUUCUCAUACUUCUGAUGAUUUAUUCGCUGCUCGGUGCCUACGUGUUUAUGGAGGUAGAAGGCCCAGCUGAAAGAAAGAGGCGCGCCGGCUUGCUUCGUGAGCGUCUCUAUCUGGGUGAUUUGCUCUGGAACCUCACCUUAAAUUACGAUGGUGACCCGCAGUCCUACAACAACUGGACGCAGUAUGUCAAGGAACAAUUGCCUCGCUACGAAGAACGUAUAUAUCAGGCGUACAAGUACUCCAUGUCUUCGGAUGCUGAGGUUUGGGACUUCUACGGAGCGUUGCUGUACUGCGGUACGAUUUACACUACAAUAGGUUACGGACAUGUUUCUCCGUCUACCGACUGGGGUCGCAUCGCCACAAUGAUUUAUGGAGCAAUUGGUGUUCCGUUGGCAUUGAUUGUUUUAGCUGAUAUGGGUCGUCACUUCACCGUCCUUUUAAAAGUACUCUGGGUCCUUGCCCGUAAAUCCUGCGACGUAGGAGCCUGUAUUUGUCGCGUUUCAGCAUCAGCGGCCGCCACUGCCGGAGGUGCAGUGGUGAGUGCAGGCCGUCGCAAGAUUUCACGGGAUAGGAAGCCGCCUUACAAAAUAACGGACCGCUUCGAAAACGAAGAUGGAAGUGCGCCUAUAGCUCAAUGGGAAGAUUCACGCACGCCAGUAUCGGAAAACACUGAGGAAGACGAGUUUGAUGACCAAGACGGUGGAAUGUUUGGGAGUGGUUUCCUGAGAAUAAGUGGAAAGACACCGACUCUGGCAGACAUAGAUGACCAGUUCAACCUUCCAAUGGGUAUCGCUGCCAUCAUCCUAGUCGUCUACAUUUUCUUAGGGACACUGAUGUUCAAGUCUUGGGAAGAGUGGGGCUAUCUGGAAGCCUUUUAUUUCGUAUUUAUAUCGCUCAGUACCAUCGGCCUCGGAGACAUCGUACCAGCCCAUUCCAAGUUCUUUCUACUCUCCUCCAUUUAUAUAUUCUUCGGGCUGUCUUUGGUAUCGAUGUGCAUCAACGUGGCCAUUCAGUUCUUCUCACGUACAAUUAAAAAGGCCAGGCGAACCAUGAAUGAGAUCAGUGAUCGAGCUCAGCGCACAGCUACAAUGACCAUCGGCAAAGCAAAAACGGCUGUUGUUAAAAUAGCCGGUGACACAGAUGGAACUGUGUCACAUGACCAUCAGAAUGGGGUCGCCAGUGACCACAAAGGGGUUGCUAGUGAUCCCAAAGUAGACACCAAAGAUUCAUCUGGUGAGACAGGCAAAAGUGCCAAACCUCCAUCGCAGGGAUUCUUCCAUCGAAAAUCUUCAACUGAAAAAAGCCCAACCAAAACCACUGAUCAGGACACUGUAGUGACUGUUAUUCAGCCAGAUAGCUGUCCUGAAGGGUUCACGGGUUAAAUUAACGAACAACUAAUUCAUUGGUGAGAUGAUAGAGGUCAUGGGGUUGAGUUUGGGUGACAGGGAUGGGUGAACAGGUUUUGAUUAUUGUUGUUGUUGUUGUUGUUAUUGUGGUUAAUAUUAUCAAUAAUGAGGGGGAAAGUGGAUUGGCAGACUUGGCAGAGUGAUGGAUAAAAUACCCUUGAAGUAUUUUGUUGCAUAUCUUAGAAUUUGGGGUUCAAAUCCAGCUGAGCUCAACUUCCCUUCCCUCUAUAUUAAGGUGUCAUUAAAAAAACAACAUACUAGUUGUGUACCCAGGGUAAAAGGGAAACUAAUUGGCUA